AGGGUGAGUCCCCACCCCUCCUCCAGCAGAACUGGGUCUUCCCUCCGAACGCAUCGCAUCUCUGGGAAUUUUGGUUUUAACUUAAAAUAAACUAAAUUCUUUUGAUUUUUACGCGUGGGUCGGUUUGGUCUUAGACUGUCUUUAUUUAUUUCUUGAGCUGCUACAGUUGACGUUUUUAGUCAGAUCCUGCCUGGUGUAUAGGCGUAUCCGGGUUUUCCAAUAUAUUCAUAUUGAACCAAAAAUACAAUCAAGAAUCAGGCGGAUUUUGUGAAGGAUUCAUCUGGACUUCUUGUGUUUCUUUUGUGUCUGAGAGGAUUUUACAGGCAUCCUGCCAUUCAUCAUAAGUAUGAAACAGCCUACUGCCAAAACAGAGAUGAGCCGUUUCAACAUCUCCCCUGAAGAAGACAGCAGCAGCACCAACAGCAAUGAGUACACUUACCAGGACUGUCCAAAGAAGGUCCCACUGGGCGGCCAAUACUCUGACAAUGACGCAGAGAGUCAAAACUUCCUCCCUGAACACAACCUGGGCAAGAAGAAGUAUGAGACUGAAUAUCACCAGGGAAAUGCCUCCUUUGGCAUGUCUGUUUUCAACCUGGGCAACGCCAUCAUGGGCAGUGGCAUCCUGGGUCUGUCCUACGCCAUGGCCAACACUGGAAUCGCCCUGUUUGUGAUUCUCCUUGUGGCUGUCGCCAUCUUCUCCUUGUAUUCUGUCCACUUACUGCUGAAAACCGCUAAUGAAGGAGGUGCUCUGGUAUACGAACAGCUCGGUUACAAAGCCUUUGGGAUGCCAGGAAAGCUUGCUGCUUCCUGCUCAAUCACCAUGCAAAACAUUGGAGCCAUGUCCAGCUACCUCUACAUCGUCAAAUACGAGCUGCCCAUCGUCAUCCAGUCUUUUCUGGGACCCAGCAACGGAGAGUGGUACACUAAUGGUGACUACCUGGUGCUGAUCGUGUCGUUCGUCAUUAUCCUGCCGCUGUCACUGCUCAGGAACUUAGGUUACCUUGGCUACACCAGUGGUCUGUCUCUGCUCUGCAUGGUGUUCUUUCUGAUUGUGGUGAUCAUCAAGAAGUUCCAGAUCCCAUGCCCUCUGCCGGAGGACGUCGACGCUAUGAACGAAACAAUCAGCAAAAUCAUGAACGCCACUCUGUCUCAAGUUAACAGCACCGCCGUGGACUACAGCGAGGACGCCUGCACGCCGAAAUAUUUUGUCUUCAACUCCCAGACUGUCUACGCUGUUCCCAUCCUGACCUUUGCUUUUGUGUGCCACCCCGCCAUUCUACCCAUGUACGAGGAGCUCAAAGACCGAUCCCGCAGCAAGAUGCAAGGUGUUGCUAACGUGUCCUUCCUGGCCAUGUUCAUCAUGUACCUGCUGGCUGCUCUCUUCGGAUAUCUGACCUUCAACUCCCACGUUGAGCCUGAGCUGCUGCACACCUACUCCAAGGUCUACAAGUCCGAUGUGGUCCUGCUGAUCGUCCGUCUGGCCGUGCUCGCCGCCGUCACCCUCACUGUCCCUGUGGUGCUUUUCCCUAUUCGUACCUCUGUCAACCAGCUCCUGUGCGCCUCAAAGGAGUUCAGCUGGAUCCGCCACACCAUCAUCACCGUGGUCCUGCUGACCGGCACCAACAUCCUGGUCAUCUUUGUUCCCACCAUCAGGGACAUUUUUGGCUUCAUCGGUGCUUCUGCUGCCGCCAUGCUCAUCUUCAUCCUGCCCUCGGCUUUCUACUUAAAACUGGUCAAGAAGGAGUCCAUGAAGUCUGUGCAAAAGAUUGGGGCCACUGCCUUCCUGAUUUGUGGUUUCGUUGUCAUGAUCGGAAGCAUGACUCUCAUCAUCAUGGACUGGAUACACAACGCCACUGCCAGCUCUGACGCACAUCCCGACGGACACUAAAGCUCUGCCUCUCCUGCUGCGUCGGACUGCUACAACUUGCGCAACCAACAAAGAUCGAAACUUAUUGUAAAACCAAGAAAAACACAAGAACUCACUUGAUGCUCGGCUUUGACGUCCUGAGCGACAAACCAUGCCAUUCCAAGAGAAUGUAUCUGAACUUUGUACAGUACGCUGUUUUAGGCCACAAAGAUGGUGUUUGACUUGUUUUUGCUCUUUUAUUGUAACUUUUUCAUUGUCUUUGCUUGUUUUUAUUUCUAUGUUCUUUUGUAGUUAUGGUACAGCUGAAAACAAACAUUUGAUGGUGCCUCAAAUCAGAGAUGACAUAGAAGUAGAGUUCAAAGAGCAGCUUGCACUCAGGUACGGCGUUAUGUGUGUGUGGCUGCGUCCUCUGAGCUCGGCAACAAGAAAAUUGUGCAGAGAAGUGUCAGAAAAGAUUGACAAGAGGCAACCGACUUGAAAGUUUAUCCUCCUCAAGGACACUUAAGUUCCUUCCAGCAUUAUUUUUUUCUUUUUUACGUUGCCAAAAAUGUAUUUGUAAAGCAUCUUUGUAUAUUUAAAAGCACUUACUGUUCAGCACACUUGUGAAGAAAAAACAGAUUGUCAGUUUUCACAGGCGAGGGCUACUGCACCACCUUCUCAGUAUUCGUACGGAGGUUUUGUAACCUUGCUUAUAGUGUCAGCUUUUCCUUGUAAAACAUAGUAUAAAUCAACAAAACCUGCCUUUUUAAACCCGACACUGGGAGCUGCAGAGUGUCUCACAAGAGGACUCUUCUGAAACUGUAUUUACUCUUUAUAGCCUGCUGAAGAUCUUGUUGGAACAGCGUGUGCAGCGACGACACUACUGCUUCGAGAGUUCCACCUCCCUUUCAGGGCAGGGGGAAACUUAAAGAUUUUUUUCUUUAUGGGAGAAUACUUUGAAUCUGACCACAUGCAGUGGUUGUAAUGUACCUGUUAAACUUGCAAAAAAAACAACAACUAAAAAGCUAGAAGUCAGGUGUGCUCUUAAACACCAACAAACCAAACAACAACAAAGAUAGCUACGGAGAGCGUCUGUCACAAAAUUUUGAGUGUUUUUACAAACAGUUGCGCAGUUUUGUGCUUUCAAAAUAUUUCACAAUGAAGAACUUGUUAGCUCGGUGCGGGCUUGUUUCCGGUCGGGCCGUGAACCUGUCAUCUUGACAGCGUCACUGUGCUUCCAACCCUGACUCAACGUGUCACCAAACUGUUAUUGUCCAACAUCUAUUUAUGGAAGACCGUGAAAUCAAUGUAAUUUAAUCUAUUUUACUAUAUUUAUAUAAUAUUGUAUGUAUAUAUACAUGUACAUAUAUCUAUUGAGUUGAACUGUAUAUACGCUUUGUUUUGUUUCAAGUUUUUUUUACAAUAAUGCAUUGGAGUUGUAAAACAAAAAAACCCAAGCUGGUGAAUUUGUGAUAUUGAAUGGGCUCCAGCACACUGGAGCUUCAGCUGUUCAUCUCUGUUAAGACUGACUGAAUUAUCCUACUGUGUUGAUUCUGUGAGAACUGUGUUACAUGUGGAAGCCACUGAUACAGCGGCAGCAGUCUUGUCUCCUUUUUGGCCCCUGAACACAAACCUGGAUCAGCAAAAUGGUCUUUACGCACAUGUUGGUUGGAGAGUAUGUCAGCCAUCUCUUGACCUCAGGAGCAAAGAGGGCUUUGCCCGCCAGUGUUACACUCUUGUUUCAAUGAAACACUAUGUAUAUUGUGUACAUAAUGUCCAAAUAAAAUCAAAGAUAGUCUAUAACAUGGA